UUAAAAUACAAGGGUCAUUUUGGAAGGUCAAUGAUCAUGAGAUAUUUUAUUAUUUUGUUCUCCUCAACAGUAGUCUGCUUCUCUGCUGUGGAUGUUGUUCAGGAGGAUAAUGUAAAAAUAGUUGAAGCUGGAGAGAAUGUGGACCUUACUUGCAGCUUUUCAAAGCUUCUGCAAACAACAAAACAGACGGUUGAUGGAAAAUCCUUACAAAUUGUGUCUUUAUAUUUAAAUCAACAACCCAGUUGGAAUGAGGACUUUGAGAAAGCAAAUCGUUUUAAUGUUAUUAAAGGAGAUGAUCACUUUAAUCUGAUCAUUUUAAAGUCAAAGCCUUCAGACUCAGCAACAUAUUUCUGUGUAGUCUCAUCAUAUAAUAUCAUUGGAAUGGGUGCAGGCACUAGAUCACUUGUCAGAGAUGCAGCUGUGGACAGACACACAACUCUUCAACAGUCUUUGACAGACACGCUUCAUCCAGGGGAUUCUGGGAGUUUGCAGUGCAGCAUUUUCACUGAGAGCUGUGCAGGAGAACACAGUGUCUACUGGUUCAGACAAAGCUCAGGAGAAUCUCAAGGAGUCCUUUACACCAAAGGAGAGAGAAAUGGUCAGCGUGAGAACAGCACAGAGUCUCAAAUGCAGAGCUCGGUCUUUUGUUCCUCCAUGUAUCCCCUCCUUCGUCCAGAAUAUCUUUUCCUCCUGCUGGAGCAGGGGGAGAGAUCGCUCGAGGGCCACACCAGACUAUUUCUGCUGCUCACCAACCUCUCCAGCUACUUGGACGACGCCAGUUUAAACUCCGCGUACAGAGCGCUGUCAUCCGAGGAAGGCCCUAGAGCGAAUUUCGCCGCAUUUGUGGAGUGGACACUGAGAGUGAUGAUGUGA